AUGGAUGAAACUCACAUGUAUUUUGAUAUGUUAAGAGGAUUGACUGUUAAUAAAAAAGGUGAAAAAACAGUACAUAUUAAAAGUAUUGGUAAUAAAAAAAAUAGAUUUAUUGUAGUAUUGACUUGUGCGUUGAAGACAGAGUCAAUAAAGGAAUUGAUAAGGAACCCUGCAUUAAUGGUUUAUGUUUCUUUUCCUGGUCACUUAGAAGAACCUGUCAAACAAAAAUUUGAGUUCAAUUAUUUUAAUUUAGCUGUUAUUCCAGGUGGGUGCACAAGUAUCUGCCAACCACUUGAUUUUUCAAUAAAUAAACCAUUCAAAGAUCAUUUGAGAAGGGAUAGUGGUAAUGGUGGUGUUACUGCAGGUGUUUGUCUACGGCGUGCAUAUAUCAAAGAUGAUAAUAAUGUUUAUGAAUUACUUGAAGCGUUGAAAGAAUUAGAGGAGAAGGAAAAUAUUGAAAAUA